GCUAAAAAUCAUUUCUUUCUCGAGUUGUGUUGCUUUCUUUUCUCCAUAAAUCAUAAUCUACUUGAUUUAAUCAGCUUUUUUGGCAUUUGGGUUUUUGCAAUAUUGGCCAAAGUUUUAGUCUUUCACGUGAUUCUCGAUUGAAAAAAAAAUCCACUGAUCGGCAAGUUUAUUUUGUUGACAAAUCGAGUUGCAAAGGCAACAAGAUAUGGAAUUUACUCGUGGGUAUCGAGCCAAAGAGCAUAAUAAGAUGAAAUGUUUGCAGAAUGAUGGCAUUGCUUUAAAUUCUACUACCCUUUUGGUAAUUAAAAUCCCUGAUUCGCGGGUUCUGAGAAUAGUGUCCCGCUCGGUGUUUCUAGCGGUGGUUAUUCUCACACUGCCUUGCAUUGGUUCCAUUUUAAGGGAACUUUCUUCAAGCUCUUAUUAUCCUGUAUCUGGUGAUGACUCUGUCUCUGAUUUGAUUGAUGAUGAUGAUGUUGAUAUUGAAUUCGUGGAUUCUUUAUUACUGGAUUUGGCCAAUGAGGGCCUUGUCAAGAAGGGCGAUAAAGCUCUGUUUAUUUGCUCUGGCACGGAGGCUGUAAUUCAUAAUUCACGGUUCUUGAAUGCCAACGAGAUUGAUUUGGUAGUGGGAUCUGAUCUGGGGCAAGAAGCCUUGUUCCAUGAUGCAUCAUUUGAUUUCGUAUUUGCAUUUGGAUAUCAAAACAUCAAAUUCCUUGAUAGCAUCGUGAAAGUUGGUGGCGUUCUGGUUACUCAAUUGGGUGAUAUUCCAAGUGCUCUCCAGAGGCAAUCGAAUUAUAAAGUUGUCUAUCUUCGGCGUUACAGUUCGACCAUUGUUGGAAUGAGAAAAACAAGUUUGUCAAAUGAGUUGGUGGACUCCUCGGUCAAGAGGAGGCUUUUUGAGUUGGAAUUGAAGGCCAAGAAAACAGCAUUGAAUGGCUUGGAAGACGUUCUGCUUGAGCCACCAAGGAAGUUUUUAGGAGAACCCAGAAAAUACUUGAAAAAAUUCAAUUAUCUCCCUGACUUGUUAGGGGAUUCUUUAGAAGAAUAUCAGCGUCGUGUUUUUGUUGAUGUAAGCUCGCAGGAGGAGAAGGAUGGUGUAAUGGCGUGGUUUAAUGAGAACUAUCCAACUAGGAAACAGAAUUUUGAGAUCUUCAACAUUGAAAUGGCACGUGAAGGACUGUCCAAGACAGCUGAAGCAAGUGUCAAUAUUUCAGAUUGGUUGAUGAAGAACGUGAAGGAAGAUGAGUUCGUUGUGUUGAAGGCAGAAGCAGAAGUAGUGGAGGAGAUGAUAAGGAGGAGGACAGUAGGUUUGGUGGACGAACUGUUCUUGGAGUGUCAAAAUCAGUGGCAGAAUGGAGAAGGAAAUAAGGGCAAGAGGGCUUAUUGGGAAUGCUUGGCUUUGUACGGAAGAUUGAGAGAUAAAGGAGUUGCUGUGCAUCAAUGGUGGGGUUGACAAGAAGAAAUUGAGAGACCCAUUUAAGCAUAUUACACGAGAGCAAUAAUGUAUGUGGGGAUGAAUAAUGGUGUUUGUUUUAGAAAGUUCAGAAGUAUCUUUGCUGGUUUUAUUGUGUGUAAACUCUGUGACGUGAUGUCCAAUUUUUUUUAAGCUUUUGUUGUGGAGAGUUCCAGGAUCAUGUUCCUCCGUUUUACUCUUGUUGAUGUCACUUCUUAAUUUAUGCUUAAUAAAAAAAUCGCAUCAUCUGCUUGCUGUGUUCUUGUUAA